AUGGAGUCAAACUCGGGAGGGAGUGUUGGAGUAUUUGAAUUAAGCGCCUUUGUUAGAGGCUCACUUGACUCCGGUAGUCAGCUGUUCUCAGUGUUCUCUCCGACAUCGCGAAAGUAUGUAAGCGAGGGCUCCACUGUUCGAGACUGUGUUCCAACGUGUUCUGAAAAAGAGGCCUGGAGCACAAGAACGUAUUGCUGUCGAGAAGAUGGAUGCAACUCAGGACCAACUCUGACGUCCUCCUCCAUCACCCUCUGGGGCCUUCUAGCGGCACUCACCCUUCUCGGUCACAGUCUUCGUGGCUAAUACGUUCUCUAUCACUCGAAAGGUUUACCAUUUACAUCACUGAUUUUUUCAUCCGAGAUCCUUCAAAGCAUUGGAAAAAGGAAGGUCUGCCUCUCCUAUGGUGACCACCAUUUAUAAUUCCUAAUAAGCACAGAGAAUCGUUCACGAAAUUGUUAGCUUGCGAAUGUUUAAUUGUAUGUAAUUUCCUUCUUCUCUCUUCCUCACAUUCUAAUUCCUUUUAU